AGACCUGUUGACGGAGAACUACAGCCUCUUUUAUGAAAUCGAGAAACAACAGCGCCCUCUGUAGGAGAGGCUGUUCGUAUUAAGCUCUUCAUCUGAAACGUCGCCAUAUUGACGUCCCAACAGCGCUGAGAGGAGAUACAGAUUCUGCUAUAGACCCCAGUGAUGACUGUACUGAACCCUGUACCUCCUGAUUAGACUGUUUGGAUGCCCCGUUUAACAUACAGCUUUCUUACCAUAGAGACAUCUCAGCUGUUCCUACAACCAAUUCAUACAACACCAUAAUCCUGGAGGGAACCUCCCAGGAGAUUUAUCAGAGCUUGUGUUAGAAUAUGUCUGUUCCUGUUCCAAGCCGCUCUCGGGUUUACCCUGAUGUAAACACACAGAGACCUCGGGAAUACUGGGACUAUGAGUCUCAUGUUGUUGAGUGGGGCAACCAAGAUGAUUAUCAGCUAGUCAGAAAACUAGGAAGAGGCAAAUAUAGUGAAGUGUUUGAAGCCAUAAACAUCACAAACAAUGAGAAAGUUGUUGUGAAAAUACUGAAGCCGGUAAAAAAAAAGAAAAUCAAGAGAGAAAUAAAGAUCCUAGAGAAUUUGAGGGGUGGGCCAAAUAUCAUCUCGCUGUUAGAUAUCGUCAAGGAUCCUGUGUCCCGAACCCCAGCUCUGGUCUUUGAACAUGUCAACAACACAGACUUCAAGCAAUUGUAUCAAACCCUAUCUGACUUUGACAUACGGUUCUACAUGUAUGAAAUCCUAAAGGCUCUGGAUUACUGCCACAGUAUGGGAAUUAUGCACAGAGACGUAAAACCUCACAAUGUAAUGAUUGAUCACGAACACAGAAAGCUCCGCUUAAUUGAUUGGGGUUUAGCAGAAUUCUACCACCCUAACCAGGAAUACAAUGUGAGAGUAGCAUCCAGGUACUUCAAAGGACCUGAACUACUGGUGGACUACCAGAUGUAUGACUACAGCUUGGAUAUGUGGAGUCUGGGUUGCAUGCUGGCCAGCAUGAUCUUCAGAAAGGAGCCCUUCUUUCACGGUCAUGACAACUAUGAUCAGCUUGUGCGAAUUGCAAAAGUACUUGGCACUGAGGACCUGUAUGACUACAUUGACAAGUACAACAUUGAAUUGGAUCCACGCUUCAAUGACAUUCUCGGAAGACACUCGCGUAAAAGGUGGGAGAGGUUUGUGCACAGUGAGAACCAGCACCUGGUCAGCACAGAGGCUUUAGACUUCCUUGACAAACUGCUGCGCUACGACCAUCAAGCUCGCCUCACGGCAAGAGAAGCCAUGGAUCAUCCAUACUUCUAUCCCAUUGUUAAAGACCAGGGAAGGGGGGCCACUCCUGGAGGAAUGGCGGCCAGUUCUACACCAGUCAGUUCCUCAAGUAUGAUGGCCGGCAUCACCUCAAUGUCGUCCUCACAGCCACUGGCUAACAUUGCUGGAUCACCUGUCAUCUCUGCCCCCAACACUCUGGCCACACAAGUCCCUGCAGCUGCUGGGGCUCAGCCCUGAAGCCACUUCCACACCUGUGUUUCUGUGUGCUCAUGGCCUCGCCCUGCCUCACUCUCACCACAGCAUCAGGGCCAUGGCUCUCCUUUUUAUGUUGAAAAAUGACAAAGAAGAUUUAAAAUUGCUUUUCACAUUCAGUUCUGUUUUGACACCUGGACUUGACAGAAAUGUGUUGUUGCAUCUGUCUGGAUUAUUAGUUAAUUUGGGUGUUAUUUGACAAUGCCAUUGUUUAGAAAUUCUAAUAAGAUGAGGAAAUGGAUAAUAAAAUUUAUUUUGUAUGUUCCAAAAAAUUCAGUCUUGCUUGAACCUGUUUGACUGGGAUCCUGCUGUCAUACUUCACUGUGAACCUUUACACGAUUUCACAAAACCAGUCAGGAAUCUGGUGCGCCCCACCCAACACAGCUCCAUGGUUACACACCAUGUAUUGUGCAGGAGUUGUUGCCGUUUAGAAGUUGUUAGAUGCUACCGUACUUUAAUCGGACUUUUGUAGAUAUUCUACAGUCAUUGUCAGGUUGCAUGCGCCCAUUGCUGAGUAUCACGGGGUCAAUAGUUUGCCAAUUUUAUGUUACUUCCACUUCUGUGUGUAUGUAUGUUUAUGUUUGUUUUUUUAUGAAGUCUCUUACACAUGAUUUUGAAAACAUAGACAGUUUUGUAACUUUUUGUUUUCUGUUGGGAAGAGUCGCCACCUAAGGACAACUUCAGAAAUAAAUAAUUUGAACAGGGUUUUGCGGGCACUACGUUUUUGAUUAUACUGUGUCGGCUGCGGUUUUAUUCUACAGUACGUGAUCAUUGUGUUCCACGGGGAAGCUGCAGCAGGGUUAGCUAUGUUAGAUUAGAUUGCAGCGUUUCAUUGAGGUGGGUGUGUAUGCGUAUAGUUCAGAACAAUGGUGGACAAAUUGGUACAUAUUUUUAUACAUGACCAUAAAAAUAAUCUGGUUUACUUAAUCUUUAAGUGAAAGCUCAUCUACAGCAUGAUUACAAAUAAAACUGCCGCACUCG